AUGCGCGGCAACAACGCAACCCAAAAUCUCCUUCUAAACCCCGGCGGCCCUGGAGGGGGCGGCUUCGACUUGCUCUAUCGCCGAGGCGAGGUUAAUAGCUCGACGCCAGUAGCGUCUUGCUACCCCGACGACAAGACCCGACAAGAAUUGUCUCGCGUUCGAUCUCUAGAUGUAUUGGGUGAUAGCCCCGAGGUUUACGCGUGGGCGCAGAACUUUGCCAGAGCAUGCCAUGACACAAUGGGCGAGUAUGGCAAGUAUCUCAACACCCCCCAGACAGCCGCCGACAUGAACAGUAUUCUUGAUGCACUGGGUCAGGAAGACAUGAUCUACUUGGGAUUCAGUUAUGGCACUCUGCUUGGCCAAACCUAUGCAGGACUGUUCCCCGAACGGUCGACACGCGUCAUCAUUGACGGGGUUGUGAAUCAAUUCGAACGGUACGAAGGUCUUUUCGAAGCACAGUCGCUGGUCGACGCGGACACGGUGCUCUACGGCUUCUUUGAUGAGUGUAUCAAGGGCGGAGUGGACAACUGCCCUCUGGCCUCGCUGGCCACACCCACCGAGGAAUUACGUGACACGGUGCUCUCAUACAUGGACACGCUUCGAGAACAGCCCAUCAGUGUAUACAUCAACAACUCCGUUUACGGCUUGCUGGACUACGAGAAGGAAUGGUACAAUCGGUUUUUCGAAGCCCUGAACAAACCUCCCUUGUGGACUGCGCUGGCGCACAAUAUAUAUAAACUCAUUUUAGGAAACGCGACGGAUGCCUUUCUCGCAUAUGGUAUUGAAGAGGUCCGAGACUGGCGCCAUGAAGCUAACGAGUUUAUCACUUUGAACGACGGGAUUAGUGGCCCGGAGCAUUGGCCUCAGGAUAGACAAGCGUUUCUGGACAAGAUCGCGCCUUUGUUCAAUCAUAGUCUCUUCAGCUCUGGGCAGAGCAAAACGCAUUACAUGCGGCAGCAGUGGGUAGUGCCAAAGACACAUUCUUAUGUGCCUCGCAAAGGGAUCAAGACGGCGCAUCCGCUGCUAAUUCUCUCGACAACUUAUGACCCUGUGUGCCCGCUGAUAGCUGCCCGCUCGGCGAACGAGGCAUUUGAGGGAUCGCAGGUCGUCGAGGUCCAAGGGUACGGGCAUUGCUCUGUUGCAGUACCGUCGGUCUGCAUUGCGAAACAUGUACGAGCGUUCUUGUAUGAGGGCUUAUUGCCCGACAGCUACGCGAAGUGCGAGGUGGAUUCCCCCUACUUCGGGCCAGUGUCGGCUCACAGACACUUUGAGGACGCGGAGGAGGCCAGAAUCCACCUAGCGCAGGAGCAGUUAGCGAGAGACUGGGAAUAUUUUGCACCAGUCAGGUCCCUGUAG